AUGUUGCCAGAGAACUAUUCCAAUAGGCCAGUUGCCGUCUUAGGGGGUGGCGUAUUGGGGAGGCGUAUUGGUUCGUAAUGCUGUGGGACUAUUAAAUAAUUUAAGCUAACUUUUUAGCUUGUAUUUGGGCGUCUGCUGGAUAUGAUGUCCAAAUUCUAGAGCCAGUUCACGAGCAGCAUGAGCCUUGUAGCCUUGUCUCAACUACGUCAGGUAGAACGUCGCGAAGUAUCCUGCGUCCGGGAAGAAAGCAACUGGAAUCGUCAGCGUGUUCAAAGACCUAA